UAAUACCCUGUAUAAUCUGCCCGUCGGACUUGAUUAACGGCGAUGAAUGCAGGCAAAAUUAUCAGUCCUAGGGUACAGCAUACAACCUACUAGUUCACAACUAUGGUUAAGCGCAUCUUGAACGUCGUCACAAACGUCGGGCACUACGACGACCCGUCCCACCCGACCGGCUUGUGGUUGUCUGAGCUGACGCACGCCUGGCAUGUAUUUGAGGAGCAGGGAUUCGAGCAGACCAUCGUCAGCCCAGCGGGGGGGCUCUGCCCCCUGGAGCCGCGGUCGCUGAAGUUCCCAAACUACGACAAAACCGCGAAAGCGUGGCGAGCCGAUCCGGCACGCAUGGCACUCUUGGAGAACACUGCCAGACCCGACCAGAUCAAUUCGGCUGACUUCGACGCGAUCUACUUCACGGGCGGGCAUGCGGUGAUGUAUGAUUUCCUGGACAACGAGGGCCUACAGCGGAUCACGCGAGAGAUUUACGAACGGGGUGGCAUCGUCUCCUCGGUCUGCCACGGCUACUGUGGCUUGCUCAACACCAAGCGCUCAGACGGUACCUACCUGGUCUCCGGGCACAAGAUGACCGGGUUCUCCUGGCGGGAGGAAGUCCUGGCCUGUGUAGACAAGCUUGUGCCUUACAACGCCGAGGAAGAGCUGAAGAAGCGCGGCGCCGACUACAAGAAGGCCAAGCUGCCAUUUGUCUCAUACACCGUGGUCGACGGCAACCUGGUGACUGGGCAGAACCCUGGGUCCGCUACUGAGACUGCGAAAAAGGUCGUCGACGCCCUCAGCCGUUAAUGAACGCCGUCGCCGACUGCUUGGUUAGUAGGCACCCUGGAGUAGACGAUCCGGUAGCCGGAUCGCACAAGCCUUCUUCGGCGUUGGAGAUCUCCAAGGAUGGAAAGCAAAGAAAAG